CCCAACUCCGCCUGCACCGCCACUUUUGGGGUCGCGGGUCCCCAGCCGGCCAUGGGCUUGGCAGGCGCCCGUGGGCGCGCCGCGUGGGUGCUGGCUGGGGGCCUCCUGGCCGCUGCCCUGGCGCUGCCCGCGGGGCCCCGGGACCGAGGCCGGCCCCCCGCAGGCCCGAAUCCCCUCCGGCGCCCCCUGGGCGCGCAGCUUCCCCCGGAUCCCCCCGCGGCUCCCGGGGCGGGGCCCGAGCGGGAGGCGCAGGACUUGCCCAGGGUCACUUGGCCCCUGCCGGAAAGCGUUCCCUUUCAGAGUGAAGUGGAAGCACCGUUUGGAAUGACAUUCAAUAAGAAAGUGGAAGCUUUUCACCCGCCCCUGACCUCUGCAGCCUCCGGUGGGCCACACAUUCAUUCCCCCUUUGCUUUUCUGCCGUCGUGGCCCAAGAUCUUGUUGAAAAGAGAGUCUGCGAGUACACAGUACCGUCUGCAUGGAGAUACUUCAAGAGAUCUUCAAGGAACUUCUGAGAACGGAGUAAUUUUUCAGAAAUGUGCAGUGGUGACCGGGCAGAGCGAGUGGCCGGUGGUCCACGUGCAGCUGCUGGUGCACAACACCCAGGCGCCCUCAGCCACCAACCUCUCUGACCUGCUCUUGCUGGACAACGUCACCGGCCUGAGCGUGAGGGAGUCGGCUGGAAACCAGACCUCCAGGGGGUUCCAGGCUUUCAGGAAGAAGUUCCUGCAAGUCGGAGACUCCUUCUCGGUGCAGUACACAGCCUGGCUCGAGGCCGGAGGCGUCGGGAGUGGAGAGGUCCUCGUGCUUCCUGCCCUGCUCUCCUUCCAGACCUCGUCACCGAACAGAACGCAGCUGAAAGCCCUUCUUACCAUCACAACGGACGAGAAGAUAACGGUUCUCCCGAACCACGGCCUCCACGCCAUGGGGUUCUUCGUGGCCCUCAUCCUCUCCCUGGUGCUGACCUGGGCGGUGCUUUUCUUCAUGGUUCGGUACCAGUGUUUGAAGGGAAGCCUGCUCUCCAGACAUCGGGUCCGGCAUCACGAGGACAAGCUGGAGCACUCCCAGUUCACCUCGGCGGAUGGCGUGAAUGAAGAUCUUGCUCUCAAUGAGCAAAUGAUAGACAUUCUGUCUUCAGAGGACCCCGGGAGCAUGCUUCCAGCCUUAGAAGAGUUGGAAAUUGCAACCCUGAAUCGGGCAGACUCAGAUCUGGAAGCUUGUCGAACCCAAAUCAGCAAGGAUAUCAUUGCCCUUCUACUAAAAAAUCUGACCAGCAGUGGCCACCUCUCCCCUCAAGGAGCGAGGAGGAUGGAUGCUAUUUUCCAAAAGCAGUUUCUGUGGCUGGAGAAGGAAAUACAAGAGGAGUAUGACCGGAAGAUGGUGGCCUUGACAGCUGAGUGUGACCUGGACACAAGAAAGAAGACAGAGAGCCAGUACCAGAGAGAGAUGGCAGCCAUGGAGGAAGUGGAAGAGGUGCUGAAACGUGGCAGUGAGAGGUCCGCCGCUGAGUGCAGCAGCCUCCUGCGGACCCUCCACGGCCUGGAGCAGGAGCACCUGAGGAGGUCCCUUGCUCUGCAGCAGGAAGAAGACUUUGCCAAGGCCCACAGGCAGCUGGCCAUCUUCCAGAGGAGCGAGCUGCACAGUAUCUUUUUUACUCAGAUCCAAAGUGCCAUUUUCAAAGGGGAACUGAAACCAGAGGCAGCGAAAAUGCUGCUGCAAGAUUACUCUAAAAUACAGGAGCAUAUAGAAGAGCUGAUGGACUUUUUCCAGGCUAGUAAGAGAUACCAUCUAAGUAAAAGAUUCGGCCACAGGGAGUACCUGGUGCAGAGCCUACAGUCCUUAGAGACCCGAGUACAAGGUCUGCUGAGCACUGCUUCUGCUCAGCUGAGCCUCCUCAUCCAGAAACACGAGAGAGCAGGCUACCUGGAUGAAGAUCAGAUGGAGGUGCUGUUGGAGCGGGUUCAGACAGAAGUCUUUUCUAUAAAGCAGAAGUUGGACAAUGACUUAAAGCAGGAAAAGAAAAAACUCCACCAGAAACUAAUAACUAAGAGACGACGAGAGAUGCUGCAAAAGCACAAGGAGCAGCGGAAGGAGCAGCUGUCCAUCGGUGAGGCCCUGGGAGCGGCCGAGGAUGCCGGCCAGUACCUGGGCCAGUGGCGCAGCCUGGUGGCCGAACACAGCGCCGCCCUGGAGGAGCUGCAGGAGCGCCUGGACCAGGCUGCCCUGGAUGAGCUCAGGGCCCUGACCCUGUCGCUGUCCGAGAAAGCCACCGAGGAGCUGCGGCGGCUGCAGAACUCAGCCAUGACCCAGGAGCUGCUCAAGCUCGGGGUGCCCUGGCUCUUCCUGCAGCCCAUCCUGGAGGAGCACAGCAGGGACCUGGCAGCCCGGGCCGAGCGGCUGGAGGGCGAGGAGAGGGACCGGGGCCAGGAGGGCAUCCAGAGCGUGAGGCAGAGACUGAAGGAUGACGCCCUGGAGGCCUCCACCGAGGAGCAGGCGGAGCUGAGACACUGGGAGCACCUGAUCUUCGGGCAGCUCUGCUCCUCCCCCCUCUCCCUGUCUGAAGAGGAGCUGCUCAGGAUGAGGCAGGAAGUUCACGGCUGCUUCGCUCAGAUGGACAGGAGCUUGGCCCUCCCCCAGAUCCGGGCCCGAGUCCUGCUGCAGGCUUUUCAGACGGCUUGGCGAGAAGCAGAGUUCCUGAAAUUGGACCAGGCCCUGGCCGCCCCUGAGCUGCAGCCACAGUCCAAGGCGAGAAAGCCGCGCUCCAAGACCAAAAGCAAGAUAGACCUUUUCAAGAAGUGCAUUGAAGAAAAAAUUCAGCUUUUCAAGGAACAGGCCCCCGAAGACCUACUUGAAAAGGUCCGAGGAGAGCUGCUUCGGGAGAGAGUGCAGCAGCUGGAGGCCCAGGAGGGACACUUUGCCGAGUCCCUGGUCUCCCUGCAGUUCCAGAAGGCGGCCAGGAGGGCCAGGACCCUGUGGGCGUACACCGCCCUCCUGACCGUCCAGGACCUGCUCCUGCAGGAGCUGAGUGCGUCCGAGACCCUGACCAAGUCGGCCUGCGCGCAGAUCCUGGAGUCACACAGCCCGGAGCUCCAGGAGCUGGAGAGGAAGCUGGAGGACCAGCUGGCGCACCAGGAGGCAGCCCAGCUGCAGCGGGUGCUGGCCAGUCGGCAGCAAUGGGCGGGCGAGGGGCCUGGGCUUCUACACCAGCCCGAGGAGACGGAUUCUGAAAGGCAGAUCUCCGCUGUCCUGCAGCGAGCCCUGAGCAAGGGGCAGAAGGUCCUGGAGCACCGGCAGCAGAGCUUGCGAGAGGAGCAGGAGGACAGCGUCGUGCUGGAAGAUGUGCUGGGAAACAUGGAGACGGACACCUUUGUGACCCUGUACGGCCAGGAGCUGCGGCUGGCGUCAUACCUGUCCAAGCUGGCGAUGCUGCCUGGGGGCACGCUGCGCCGGCUCCUCAGCGUGGCUCUGCCCGCAGCCUCGCAGCCCGAGCUGCUGGCCCUGCUGGACUCCUUCGGCCAGAAGCAUCAGGACCAUGCAGUGGAGAAUGACGGUGGCAGCGGGCUGCAGGCCGACCUAGGCAGGAAGGGGAAACACCAGGGCUGGUGGCAGGCCUUAGAGAGCAAACUUCGAGGGGAACUGCUAAGCAGAGGCGCAGACAAGAUGCUCUGGGCUCACAAGAGAAAGGAGAGCAUAUUAAAGAAGACGUGCCUGCCUCUCACAGAGAGGGUGACAUUCUCCGGAAAAGGCCGUUGGCCGCACCUGUCGCUGGAGUCCAUUGGCGACCUGGCCCCGGUGCCUGUUGUGGGGGCAGAAACCGUUGAUGUAUUAAACACGGGUGAAAAGCUGUUCAUCUUCAGGAGUCCAGCGGAGCCAGAGAUCUCACUGCACCUUCCUCCCAGGAAAAAGAAGAAGAGCUUUCUGAAUGCCAAAAAGGCCGCUUGGGCCUUGGGCAUGAACUAGCCCAAACAAAGCUUCCAAGGAAUCUGAAGACAAAGGUUUUUCUCCUGCCCGUGUGUGUGUGUGUGUGUGUGUGUGUGUGUGUGUGUGUGAAUAAUGUACAAAUUGCAGGUAUAAAUUGCAGAAGACACCCCCCCACCCUCUCCCACCCUUUACGACUUUCAAGGACUCAGUGUCAUCUGGUCUCGUGAAUUCCCAGGCGGCCACUCUCUUCAGCAUCCAAAGGAACAUGAACAGUCAGGGGACCAGCCCGUGAACUUCAUUGCUUAGGGUCCCACCUCCCUGAGGGUCCCCAGGCCCCGAUCACAUCCCCGCCACACCCAGCGAGGUGUGGGCAGUGGGUUGAAGGCAGGGCUGUCCAUGCUCAUAGUGUGUGUUUGUUACAUGGUCUAUUUUUAUCAAGGGAACUUUUGAAAAUAAAUGCAUUUUGCACAAAACUCA